UGCAGCUUGGAAGCUAUAUUAUUGUGCACAGCCUGUGUAUGAAAAGCAACAGCAAUAGGUGCCGUGUUACAAUAAAAAAGAAACAAGUGGGCGUGUCCCUGUCCUCAGCUGCUCUGGCUCUGCUAUUUUUCCUGCUCAGCAACUUGUGGGCAUGUCUUUGCACUGCUGCAGUCCUGCUACCUGAUCCAGACAAACAGUCACUCUCCCAGAGAUCAAGACUUUUUUAUCAAGACCAGCUAAAAAAGGAAGAGAAAAAUGCAGAAUAUCAACAGUACAAACUGCAACCAUUCUUCUGACUUCCAAUAUUCCCUGUAUUCCACAACUUUCAUCAUCAUCUUCGUACUUGGUCUGCUAACCAACAGCAUUGCAUUAUGGGUUUUAUGCAGCUAUAAAAACAAGAAGAACAAGGCAAUCAUUUUUAUGAUAAAUUUGGCAUUUGCUGACCUUGCGCAUGUCCUAUCAUUGCCUCUACGUAUUCAUUACUAUAUUUACUACACAUGGCCGUUCGGACGCUUCAUGUGCUUACUGUGUUUCUAUCUGAAAUAUCUCAAUAUGUAUGCAAGCAUUUUCUUUCUAACUGCCAUCAGUGUCCAGCGUUAUUUCUUCACAACAAAUCCUUUUAAAGCCAAAGACUGGAAACGUCGUUAUGAUGUUGCUAUCAGUGCAGUUAUAUGGAUAAUUGUUGGGGGUGCAUGCCUUCCCUUUCCACUGCUAAGAAAUUCUGGAUCAAGCAACAAUAAUAACACCUGCUUUGCUGAUCUUGGACUCAUAAAGCCAAAAGUGGGGCCCGCAAUGGCCAUGCUAACUGUUGCAGAGAUGGCUGGGUUCAUUAUACCAAUGACAGUCAUUAUCUACUGUACGUUGAAAACUAAAACACAGCUUAAAAGUGAAGACCAGCAGUGUCAUAAUAUCACUGAAAAGCACAAGGCCCUCAGAAUGGUUACAACAUGUGCUGUUGUAUUUUUUAUCUGCUUUGCACCAUACCAUAUCAACUUCUUCUUUUAUAUUAUGCUCCAAUUUAAAAUCAUAGAACAUUGUGGAAUGUAUAAAUUCAUUAUGACUUUACACCCUUAUACUCUCUGCCUUGCUAGUAUUAAUUGUUGUUUAGACCCAAUCCUGUACUUUUUUACUGCAAAAGAGUUUCAGAAUGAGGUUGCGAAGCAUGGAUCAACAGUGAUGCGUGGGCGCCUUAUGAGUCGAGAGAGUAGUUCAUUUGUAAAGGAAUGAGAAAAAAAACCUGCAAUUGCUCUUUGCUUGGAGAAGUGUCUGGAAUAGUAUAAACACUUCUAAUCCAAUUGGAAUAUGUGGCGAAACAAAUUGAGGAUUUGACAACAGUAGCUGUAUAAAUAAAUAUUUAAAUUGUAAAAUUAAUACAAACGUACUGUGAGCCAUUAAGUUCCUGGGGAAAAACAAGAUAAAAAAUGGCAACUAUGGCAUAGAAGGAGUCUGCACCAUAGCAGCUAAAAGCGUAUAAAUAAUAAAUAUUAUUUUUUAUUAUUAUAUAUUAUAAUAUGUAUUUAUGUUAAAAAGACAAAAGUGAGUUCAGUGUCCUUUUUUUUGGCAAAACUCAUGUAAAAUAAAAUUUCUGUUCAGUUACAA